ACAAAUCCCGAACCCUGCUUGUUUGCUUCUGUUACGUCCCGCUGCCGGAUUUCCCCCGCUGGUUCGGAUGAGCGAACUUAGCGAGUCAGACCUUACUUGGAAACCGUCCUCCCACAUGCGCUGACACGAAGCGGAGGAGUUUUAUUUUUUUUAAAUAUAUAUUUUUUUAACGCACAUCCCGGUGCAGACGGAGCGUGUGAGGGCUGAGAUACAUUUAUCAGCACACAACAGAGAGAAGAUGUUGCUGAAAGAGUACAGGAUAUGUAUGCCUCUCACUGUGGAGGAGUACCGCAUUGGGCAGCUGUACAUGAUCAGCAAACAUAGCCAUGAGCAGAGUGAUCGAGGGGAAGGUGUGGAGGUGGUUCAGAACGAACCCUAUGAAGACCCCACCCAUGGCCAGGGACAGUUCACAGAGAAACGGGUCUACCUCAACAGUAAACUUCCUAGCUGGGCUCGAGCAGUGGUUCCGAAAAUCUUCUACGUAACAGAGAAGGCGUGGAACUAUUACCCUUACACCAUCACAGAAUAUACUUGUUCCUUCCUCCCCAAAUUCUCCAUUCACAUAGAGACCAAAUACGAGGACAACAAAGGCUGCAAUGAUAAUAUUUUUGACUCCGAGCUGAAGGACCAGGAGAGGGAGGUGUGUUUUGUUGACAUUGCCUAUGACGAUAUCCCUGAUCGCUAUUAUAAAGAGUCUGAGGACUUGCGGUAUUUCAAGUCAGAGAAGACAGCGCGAGGCGUGCUUCAGGAAGGAUGGAGGGACACGCAGCAUCCCAUAAUGUGUUCGUACAAACUGGUCACGGUCAAGUUUGAGGUGUGGGGUCUGCAGACGCGUGUGGAGCAGUUUGUACACAAGGUGAUUCGGGAUGUGUUGCUGCUUGGACACAGGCAGGCUUUUGCUUGGGUGGACGAAUGGAUUGACAUGACAAUGGAUGAGGUGAGAGAAUUUGAGCGGACAAUCCAGGAGGCCACCAACCAGAAGAUUGGAAUGUUCCCUCCGUCCAUCUCCAUCAGCGAGACACCCCUGUCCUCCUGCGCCCUCACCGGCCCCGCCAGCGCACCAUCCACUCCUAUGUGCACAGAUGCACCGGAUUCCCUCUCCGUUCCCAAGGACCGGCCCCGUAAAAAGUCUGCCCCGGAAACCCUAACCCUACCCGAUCCGCCUCCGAGUGGUGCACAGCAGGAAUCUACUCCAAGCCCACUACCUUCUUCAAAUCACCUCCAGUCGUCCACAUCGCCUUCACCCAAUUCUGAUCUUGUUGAAAUGGGAGAACACUAGAUGAACCUUAGGAUCCCCCCCCCCACUUCCCAUUGGGUUAAAUCUGACCUCCAAAGAUCGGUACCCAAAUGUUGAUGCUGUCUUUUGCCAUUCCUAGCCACAGAUUGUCGCAUCCUAGGCUGCAUCGUAGACUCAACAAUUUUCUCUAUUUUUGUGUCAUGAUUCUCACUCAUAUACAUAGCUGCUAAUGCGCUACUUUUUAUUCUAGGCCAGUACAAUGCACUGCUAGUCCUCCGAGUCUUAUCUAAAAUCUUAUUUGUAAUACCUAUUAUUUACAGUGCUCAAAUUGACAUAAUGUGUUAUGAUCUGAAUGUUUCUCUACUGAUCACAGUAAGUUACAAAGUUACCGAGCUCACAGUGAUGUGUAGUGAGGUUGAUUGCUGGUGAGGCACUGACUCCUUUGGAGUUUUUUUUACAAUAUGUUAGUACAGGUUGCUCAUUAAGAAAAAGAAGAGAAUAACGUAGUUUUGUGCAACAUUUUGUCUCAAAAAUACAUUCCAUUUUUUGAUUUUAUAAACUGAAACAUUUGUGGUCUUACCUUGUAUCUGUAUAUGAAAUAUAUACGCCCUUCCUUCCCCAGGAAAAGCUUUGAUACUUUCUGUUCAACCUGUUUUUGUAAUCCUGCAUCUUGACAGUCAAAUUCACUCAUUCAGCAGAGUGUAAAAUAUCUUUGAUGCAUUUGACUUGAUUCUGCAGCUGCUGUAAAAAAAACAUUUUCCUCUCUAUGGAAGUACGGCAGUGACAAGCACCCAUAUGACAAUAUUUGUAAUUUAUUGUCCAAUUAGAAUAAUGAUGUCACACUUAUAUUAAAUACAUUACACAGGCCGUAGAAAGUCGAAGUGUAUGUUUCUGAUAAACAGAAACAAGCAUGCGCCAUCAAGUGCACUCGGAUGUGUAGGCUCAGUUUGCACGCAGCUUUCUACCCUGAAUGUGUGCAAAAUUUGCCAUUUUUUAAAUUAAAGACAAUGUACAAAAGUAGUUGGAAUCAUAAACACAUUUACAAUACAGCGUGAUAAUUAAUAGCAAAUAAUUUAUAUGAUUAUCACAGGUGAGGCACAUUAUUGUGGUGCAUGUAAGAACAGCCCUGUAUUCUGCAUGAAGGGAUGCAACAUUCUCACAGAUGCCAAUGUGAACGAUAAAGUACUCGAGCAACCCUUUUUCACAAUUUUUUGGUUGAAAAUUGUUCCCAUUGGUCAAGGAUAUCCAUUUUCUUUUGGGGGGUUAGUUAAAUACUGUGUUUUCCUGAACACAAGAUGACCCUGAUGCCUUUUUGAAGACCGGCUUUUUUUUUUUUUAAGCAAAUAAGAAUAACUUAGAGACUUUGGACACCCCAUGCUUAGGCCCAUUUCCUGAUUUCUUUGCCCUUCACUUCCACGCCACGUCACUUUCUUGUUAUUAUUUUUCUUAAAUCAAAGUUCUUUUCUUGUGUUAUGUUGUCCUCAGGUGGAAUUAGUUGAUAUAUUUAAGCAGUUGAACCAAGAAGAAGAUGCCUUAGCACCACAGAGCCAUAAGGUAAUUUCCAUUGUGUGUGUACAGAUGAAGUACUGAUGUGUAUUGCUAGUUGUAUUUAGUCACAACACAAAGUGUAGUAUCGCACAGACCUGACAUAUGAUCAAGUACAGAAAAGCUGCGAAUAAUAGCUGUGUAUCGCCUUUUCAUAGACAGACUUUUGGAUGACAUGUUCAGUACAAUCAGUGUUCACACCUCAGGUCUUCCCUCCUCUACCUGGCAGUGAUGUCACUGGAACCUUCCGCCCCUGAUUGUUGCCAAACAGCCACAUUUUAUAUGACAGCAUAGUCUGCAAACUCACGUUUACAACAAUCAGAAACUAUUUGCCUAUGCGUAGUAAAGCCAUCGCGUGCACAUGCAGUCUUAUAGGCAGCGUGCCAUACUUAAACUUUGGGAAGGCGUUAAUAUUAGGAGCUUACCGAAGUAAUUAUUAUCACAAAUAUACGUAAGUAUAAUGGAUGCUGGGAUAUCUGGUGUUUUACAGUGCUAUGCAAAAGUCUUAGACCACCAUUAGGUUUGUUUCAGAAGUUCUAAAAUGACCAUGAACAUACUCGUAUUGAUUUAAACUAAAUCUAUAUUUUUCAAUUUUUGCCAGAAAUCGAAAAAAUAAAUUAAAAUAGGAAGGUGAUAUUAAUGAAAAAUAUUUUGGAAUCAUUCUUCGACUUCAACCAUAUUUGAGAGCAAUCUGUAAUUACUGAAGAAUGUAUUACCAAUUGGCGGAUGAGUGGUUAGCGCGCAGACCUCACAGCUAGGAGACUCGAGUUCAAUCGGCCAUCUCUGUGUGGAGUUUGCAUGUUCUCUCCGCACAUGCAUGGGUUUUCUCCGGGUACUCCAGUUUCCUCCCACAUUCCAAAAACAUGCUAGGUUAAUUGGCGACUCCAAAUUGUCCAUAGGUAUGAAUGUGAGUGUGAAUGGUUGUUUGUCUAUAUGUGCCCUGUGACUGGCUGGCGACCAGUCCAGAGUGUACACCAGGUGUACCCCGCCUCUUGCCCAAAGACAGCUGGGAUAGGCUCCAGCACCCCUUGUGACAUAUUACCAAUUUUGGACAUCAUCAAUUAAUGAAAAUAAUUAAUUAAUUUUGCCAUUUUUAUGUCACAUUUCCAACUCAAAGCAACUCCUGGUGUUGGUCUGCCUGUCUCCGCCAUAGUGACUCUUCUAUCUGCACCUUUAUUCAGAUCCUCACCAAAAAUCUCAAAACAUCUGAUUACGUCAUCCAUGAACAAGUUUUUAUGUAAUCUCUGUUCUACUAUUUACUGGUGUGGAAAAAUACAUUAAAACACCAAACCGAGUGGUGCAUUAAGACGUUGGCAAAGUACUGUAAAUGGGAUUGAAAUGCAUUCUGUCAUUGUGGAGGGAAAAAGGACAUUUUGGGUGUUUUUUUAAUACACUGUACCAUAGUGUAAAGCAGAUGGGGGGACACCUUGUGUAAAACACGCUGAUUUGUGUAUUGUUGUUUUUUUUGCCUUUUAUUGAUCACUGCUUUGGUGCUUUGUUAGGCUUGAAAAACAUGCUUGGCAGCAAAUCUUGCUUGUUGCCAUAUAAAACCCCAGUGGUCAGUAAAUUGUCAUAUUCAAGUUUUUGUUUUUUGUAUAACUAUAGGUACCUUUUACUGGGACAGCGACAAUUCAAUGAUCAAACAGGUGUAUUUAAUGGUUGAAAGUGCUUCUAUAUGCUGCAUGGAAUGUUCCUACUUCAUGUAUAUUCCAAGAAGCAUAUUUGUAUAUGCAGUCGAAAUAUGGAUUGCCUCACUGCAUUUUGAUGAUGCAACUGAAUGAAAAAGUGAAUGCCUCAAUGCUACUCAUUUUAUAUUACCGACAUUUUGAGUGAGAUGUAAGCAUGCCAAGGGAAUAUAAUAGAUCUACACUUUCAACGUUGUGCCUCUGCAUGCCACAAUUGCAUUCUCACCUUGUAAUUCAAAAUAUAUCAGCAUACACGUUUAUUUAACACAACUGGACCACAUGGCUGCAGGAAAGUUUGGUAGGAUAACAUACAAAAAGUUAAUAACAGAUUACUGAACCAAGAACUAGAAUGGCUAUGAAGUUUAUUUUGUUACUGUAUGACCCAAAUACUUCCCAGUAUCUGAUUUUGGAAAAUUAUUUUUCCAUAUUUUUUUGGAGGGAGUCCCUGUGUCACAGCUGCAUCUCUACAGCUCACAGGUGUGUGGAAGUGGUUUAUUGCCAACCUGCUUGUUUGCAUAUAUACAUCUUUAGACCCCAAAUAAAUGAUAUGUGUUCAGUAAGGGAAGACUUAUAUUUGGGUGAAUACGGUAUACAUGGUUUGUUUUCUGUUUCCGGUAUUUGUGCUUUACUUUUUGUGGGAAAUCCUUCUAACUUGAAGUGAUAGUAGACUCAAAUGGGUUAUUGCAUCACAUGACAGACCUAUAGUUACUUUCUGGGCAAAUUCUAGUUCAUGUGCAUUAUUGAUAAUUAUUGAUUGGAAAUUUUUGGGCUGCAAAUGACAAGAAAAUGUUUCAUACCCCUAUCAUUUUUUAGAAAACAAUAUAUUGCAUUUUUCUGGCUUCUAUCUGGCAUAAUCUAGAGCAGUGGUGUCCACAGUUUACUACUGAUGACACAAUUUGGCUUUUUUUUGGCAACUGUAGGCUUAACUGUUAUUAUAUGUCUGGAAACUAUUUCUGCUUUCAAGCAAACUACUUUUGCUUGGAAAAAAGUGCAUCCCAAGUGCACGUGGCCCUCUUUAGAUGUGGUCGUGUGAAUGGAAGAAUGUCCUAUUUGGUUUCCUGGACCAAAAUGGUCCAACCCAACGUAGUGACUACAAUGUUGGAGCCUUCUGUGGUCUUUCUUGCCAUGAAAGCCGUUUAAUAUUCUGAACAGUUUCUGACUUGCUUUUGUUAUAAGAAUUGUGUUUAGUUAUCAGUAACUCUAGCUUUUGUCUUUGCCUUUUUGAGAAUGAACAUUCGAAACCUUUAAUUGGCCAUCUAUGUUAGAUCUAAUAUACUGUAGUAUACAUGUGUACAAUUCUGGUAUUUACCAUGUCUCUUGUCAGGGAUAUAUUUGAUCUAUCAUAGGCUGUUACAAUAAAAAAAAGCUAACAUUUGCAGUUGUGUAAAAUGUUCUGCUCUGUUUAAAAGAGUAUUGUAAAUAGUGUUGUUAUUGAUUAAUAUAGUACAUUUCUUGCAUUGAAUCUGUUCACUGUAAUGUUGUGUGAUACGGAUGGCAGCUUCAACGAAGGAAUCAUUGUCAUUCUGUUUCAGUGCUCCCCAUGCUAGUGGUGAAAUGAUGCUGUUUUCUACUUUCCUGCAGGACAAAUGAAUUGUUUGUAUAGUUUGUACCAUCCUUUCCUUUUAGUGAAGUGACUGUUUUGACAUGUACAUGCCAUGUUUACUGACAAGUGAAUUGGCCUUUAAGUCACUUUUGUGUUUUAGAGUAAGCCUGCUCUGUUAUGAUUUUUAUGGCUGCAUUUGAAGGAUAAAAUCAUUUGAUUGACGGACCAAGCAUUUUCGUCUGAAUUAUCUUUCUUGCAUUUCACUCGCAAUUUAAACUUAUCCCGAUGACAAGUAGGGCCUGUCUCACAAACUAGAAGCUGCAAAAUAAAUUGAUUAACUCCUUCCUUCUAGUGGGUGGUCAAUUGAGUAUAUGAAUAGAGCAGGGGUCGGCAACCCAAAAUGUUGAAAGAGCCAUAUUGGACCAAAAAACAAAUAUGUCUGGAGCCGCAAAAAAUGAAAAUACUUAUACUUACAUUAGCCUACUAUCAAAUUGACUACGUUGGCUACAAAUACAUAAUGAGCCUUCUUGAUGAAAUGUUUAUUUUCCCUGCAGUGCAUCCUGUAGGGAAUGACGCACCACGUGACUACUCGA